CUACCAUCUCUCUUCCAUUCUCUGCCAAUACUCUCCCAUUCUCUACCAAUACUCUCCCACCCAUGGCCACUAUACACAAGCAACAAUUAUCUAUCCUCGGCGGAAAAACUCGCAGUGUGAUGGUGUACUCAUCCUCUGCGGCCAUCGUCCGUGACAUCGCUGGAGUAGUCGUAAAGCCCGGACUCAACGAAUACACGAUCAACCACUUCUCGGGGAAUGCUCAGGGGCCGUCUUUCCAUGUUGAAGGCCAUGGAAUUAGAGCGACGAUUACCGACAGGAGCAUCGAGCUCGUUUCUUCCGCCCCCCCCGCAGAAACUCCGUCAGAGGAUACUGACGCGGACGCGGACACCGAUUCAGACACCGAUUCGGAAGACCAUAGAGCUAUACGGGCCAUUGAUGAGGAGUAUGCAAAGUUGGACGAUGACCGGGAAGCCCUUGACUGGAAGCUACAAACCUCACUCAAGAAACUCGUGGCUCUGGAGCUGUACGGACGCAGAAUUGUUGAACCUGUUCCUCAGACCGAGGGUAUCAAGGUGGAGCCAACAAAGCUGGACGAUGUCGUCAAAUUCCUCCAAACAUAUGCCAAUACCAGAGAAGAGACGGGAGUCCUGCAUGAACUGGUGCGGAAGCAAGCUAGGGAGAUUCCAUUGAAGACGAAAAAGCUGGAAAAGAAGAAAACCAAGCUUCAGAAACGUCUUCAGAAGCAACAAAAAAUGAAACACGCCAGGCAGGAGGUUCCAUCUGGAUCCAAGAAGACCGAGAACAUACUAUAUCCCUACUAUCGUCUCAGAGUUACUGUGGAAGCGGAAAAUCUACCACUGGAUGCGCCAUCGGUCGAGGUAAAGGUCAACACUGGAAAGCUGGAGCACCUGGGCGAUGAUGCUGGCCCGAAAGACGCCACCGGACCCAGCUUGAGGGUUUCCUAUGUGAUUUCGAACGCCAGAUGGGAGUCCAGGCAUGACCUCCGUAUCGACACCAUUGCCCGGACCGGUACGCUCAGCUUCCGUGCAGCAACAUUCAACAACUCUGGAGAGACAUGGAGAGACGCCAAGGUGACGCUAUCGACCGUGCGGACUAAAUACUCACUGUUUUCCGAACACAUCCCCCAGCUCUCGCAGUGGAAAAUUGGCCUUGGAACUUCCUACCACCACGAAACCGACCAGUAUUCCCGGAGCGAGUGGGCGCAUCGUCAGUCGAAGCACGUACCCGAGCAGCCAGCUUUUAUGCAACCAGCUUUUGGUAUCCUUCCAUCUGGGCCUGGGGUUAGAAAUGCGUUUGGCCAGAAGCCGGCAACAAGUGGUUUUGGUGGAACGGCCCCAACAAGUGGUGGUCUGUUUGGUGGUGGAACGGCCCCAACAAGUGGUGGCCUGUUUGGAGGUGGAACGGCCCCUACAAGUGGUGGCCUGUUUGGAGGUGGAGCGCCCGCAUCAAGUGGUGGUGAUCUGUUUGGUGGUGGAGCGCCCGCAUUUGGUCAGCAGCAUUCCGCCACUCCUCCUACCGCCGGCUCAUUAUUCGGUUCUACUCAGCCACCCCCAGCCGCCUCCAUUGGCGACCGCUACGCCAACACACCCGAGACCGUCGCUCCAGCACUACCCUAUCAACCUGGCGAGAAAAUGUCGAUGGCUACAUCCGUCUCAGAGACCUACGGAAUCACCACUACAUUCGCCCUUCCCGGCCUGAAGACUAUAUCCUCGUCUUCCACGCCACUCCACUUCCUCGUAGCCGAAACUGCACUCGAAGAUAUGGGGCUUCUGUACACGGCUAUCCCUAAGCUGCGGUUAGCAGCCUACCUUACAGCAGCCUUCAAGCUCCCCAUCGACGCCCCAGUACUACCCAAGAAUUGCAAUGCUGGACUCAAUGUCGACGGCGCGUUUGUCGGCCGCAUUGUUAUCCCUCAGCCAGAUGAUGCAGGCACAAUCAGCGUACCACUCGGUGUCGACGAAACGCUAGAUGUCUUUUACGAUACUCCAAGUAGAAAGAGUGAAGUCAAGGGCUUAUUUUCAAAAGAUGAAACAAUCACGUACGCACGCGCCUGGGAAGUCAAGAAUCGUCGUUCACAGACUGUCGAGCUCAUUGUUCGAGAUCAAAUCUCGAUUAUAGAUCGGGAAGGGAUGCCGGUGAGGAUGGAACUGACCAUCAAGAAACCGAAGAGCUUCGCAGGGUUCUGGGAGGGGGUAAAUGGCAGCUGUAUGUUGAGGGAAGGCGGUCAGAUCGAGUGGAGGGUUAGAAUCGAGCCAGGAGAAAAGAGGAGAGAGGAGCUGGAGUGGGAUGUGCUGGCGGAGAAGGGGGAUUAUGUGGUUGUUAGUCUGAGUUAGGAAUAUGCUCUUUGAUUACGAUGACGGUCAGUGCGCAGAGCACCAUAGUGGUGGCAUCUUGUCUGUUGCCCGUCGGCGUCGUCGUCAUCACCAGUUUAUAGGCUGCGGAAUGCUUCUUCUGUCACGGAAAAACCCCCUGCAUGGUCUAGGGGUCAAGGCUAUGCAAUCGGCGAGGGGAGGUGAGAAUUUUCUGGGUUCAACCCGGGUGAAGGACCUUCAGAAUCAGCUCUUGGGGUUUUAAGCCUCCCGACGGGGUGGGGAUGGUUUUUGUUUCUGUUUUUGGCGUGACGAAGGGAGCACUAGUGAGAUAUCACUCGGUUGCAUCACGUGACACACCAUACGCUGCCGGCCGGCUGUGGAGGCGAGAAUCCAAUUACUACCAAACGCCUACUGACCUAGCUUCGCC